CUGAAUCCCUCCCUCCUGCAUCAUACCUGCAGUCACGUGUUCAACUGCUCUCUCCCUAUUCCUCGCCUCGCUAGCACGUGGCACGGAUAACAAACCAGAGAUAACAGCUCUGUUUGAUUUAGCUCUAAGCUUCCACCAUAGCUCCUUCAAUUUCUGCCUUUCAUCCCCAUCCCCUUUCCUCCCUAUGUCAUUGGUACCUAUGUGGAUCACAACUUGGGGCUGCUCCCCCUCUCCCGUAAGGAUCCCGAAAACACUACUCUGAGACAUUACGGACCCUGGCACCUGGGAGGUAACACACCAACCAUGAGACUUUCCACAUCAAAUAGAUGUUCACCUACAUCUGCCAAUGUGGUAUACUGCAUCCACUGUUCUAGAUAUGGCCUCCUCUACAUUGGGGAAACCAAGCGAAGACUUGGGGGCCACUUUGUGGAACACCUGUGCUUGGUUUGCAACAAACAACUGCACCUCCCUGUCGUGAACCAUUUCAACUCCCCUGCCCACUCCUUAGAUUACAUGUCCAUCCUGAGCCUCCUGCAGUGCCACAAUGAUGCCACCCAAAGGUUGCAGGAAUAGCACCUCAUAUUUCGCUUGGGAACUCUGCAGCCCAAUGGGAUCAAUGUGGACUUCACAAGCUUCAAAAUCUCCCCACCCCUAACAGCAUCCCAAAACCAACCCAGCUUGUCUCCACCUCCCUAACCUGUCGUUCCUCCCACCUAUCCCCUCCUCUCACCUCAACUCCCACCCCCAUCUCCUACCUACUAGCCUCAUCCCACCGCCUUGACCUGUCCGUUGUCCCUGGACUGACUUAUCCCUUCCCUAACUCCCCACCACUCACCAUUACUGGAUCCAUUCCUGCCUCUGAGUCUCCUCUCCACCUCUUCUCCUUUAUCCAUCUCCUGUCCACCUCCCCCUCUCUCCCUGUUUAUUUCAGAAUCCCCUUCCCCUCCCCCAUUUCUGAAGAAGGGUGGAGGCCUGAAACAUCAGCUUUCCUGCUCCUCUGACGCUGCUUGGCCCGCUGUCUUCAUCCAUUUCUAUCUCAGGAUAAGAUGGAUGGAGAGACCCUGGAGGACUGGAGAAAAGCCCAUUUUUCUUCUUUGUUUAAGAAUGGAAACGGGGAUAAUCCAGGAAGUUACAGACUGGUGGGGCUUACAUCAGAGGACCCAAAGAGAAACCGAAUUGGACAGUGGAGAGAUGUAGAGCCCAGGCAGGGGAUUGUGGAUCUGGCCUUUGACCUGAUGAGUGAACCGCUCCUGGGGACAUACGAGAUCGAAGGAAUACAGAGCCAGGGGAGGAAAUUCCUCCAUCAUUUCAGUGUGGAAGAGUACGUUUUACCCAAGGCUGAGUUGAAGGUGAAAAUGCCAGAAAAAAUCACAGCUAUUGACCCAACGAUCCACAUUGAAGUGUGCGGAAGGGAAAAUGUCCCACUGUACACAUAUGGGAAGCCUGUGAAGGGACAGGUGAAUGGCACCGUUUGUUUGGAUCGUAUGGAUGAUGCCUCUGACCCUAUUCAUUGCCAGCACAUUUUUGGUGAGAAGAGGGGACAGUCAAGUGCAACAUGUCAAGUUGAAAGUGAAAUUAUGAAGAUCACAUUUGAGGAUGUGGAAGAUUAUUACAAACCUGGAAUUCCAUACACUGCACAAAUAAAAAUCCAGUAUACUACAGGACAACCUGUCACCAAUGUUACAAUCAAAGUGUUAAAUUCCUGGAAGCCUGGUGCAAUAUUGGCGGUCACAGAUGAGAAGGGGAUGAGCUCAGUGGUUCUGGAAACCCCCUUACAAUCCAAUGAGUUGCUUUCCAUAACGGCUAUUUAUCAGGACAAACAUCAUCAGGAUGCCCAUCACUACAAUGUCUCAGCUCAUCAUGUUGUCAAGUCUUUCUACUCCAGGUCUAAGAGUUACUUCACCAUUCAGAAACAUCAGCAGUUACUGGCGUGUGAUUCUGAGUUGCAUGUGAAAGUCCACUACAUUAUCAGGGGUAUUGCUGCUGAGGCUGACAGCAACCUGGCUGUGUUCUACCUGGUCAUGUCGAGGGGAGUGAUUGUGAACAUGAACUCGAAAACCAUCUCUAUCAAAGGAUCUGAAGAAGGAUAUUUCCAGCUCUCCCUCCCCAUCAGUGCUGAUCUGUCUCCAAUCGCUCGCCUCUUGAUUUUUGCUGUUCUUCCUGAUGGAGAAACAAUUGGGGACAGUGCAAAAUUCCAGAUCUCCCAAUGUUUCCGGAACAAGAGACACAUUUCAAAGGCUGCAGAGAUAAGAAUCUCGGAGGUCAGUGUGGAAUUUCAAAAUGGCAAUCUCUCUGUCUCACACUGCCUGUCUAUCCAUUUCUCUAUGUCUCUCCCUCUGACAUUUUCUAUGUCUCUCUCUCUCUUUCUAUCACUUGCACUGAUCUACAUUCUCUCUUCCCCUGUUUACGUGACUCUUCACUUCUCUGUGGCUGAAGACUUGCCCAAAAGCCACAUCAGCCUCGAUCUUCGUGCUGAGCCAGACUCUCUCUGUGGGCUGCGAGUGGUCGAUCGCAGUGUGCUACUGCUGAAACCUGAGACAGAGCUUUCCCAAGGCAGUAUCUACUCCUUGCUGCCAGUACAGGAUCUGCAGAAUUACUCAAAUGAGCUCAAGAACCAUGAACAACAUUACUGCAAGCUCCAAAAUCCCCUGGCAGAGCCCGAACCCAGUGGGCAAGCAAUGGGAGACCUCGGACAACUUCUUAAGAAUAUGGGACUGCAAAUUCUGACAGACACUGAAUUUCACAAACCCAUCAAGUGUUUGUUCGAUGACUCUUAUGGUUUUAUCGUGAAUGGUAUACCGUUUUUCAGUAUAGCGUAUGAAAUGAAUUUCGAAAUGGACAGCCUGGAAGUGGGACAAAUACCAACGUUUUCAAUAGCAAUGGAAGAAGAGCCUAUUCAACUCAUAAACAAAGCUGGAACAGACAGCAUUCAACCCCACAUCAGUCCCAGACGCAUCGUCAAAAUCCGAAAAUACUUUCCAGAGACGUGGAUUUGGGAUCUUGUCCCUGUUGGAUCCUCUGGGAGUGCCUCUUUCCCCGUCACAGUUCCAGACUCUAUCACUGAAUGGAAGGGCAGCAUGUUCUGUACUAGCCACGUGGGAAUUGGAAUCUCUGAUACCGUCACCUUUAAUGCAUUUAAACCAUUCUUUGUCGAACUGGCUCUCCCCUUUUCUGUUGUCAGAACUGAGGGUUUUGUCCUCAAGGCCAAAGUCUUCAACUACCUGACUCAAUGUAUCAUGGUGAAGGUGACCCUUCUGAAUGCCCAGGGAUUUAGUGUAACAGCAGAAAGUGAUGCCGAACAUACGACUUGCAUCUGCUCCCAAGACAGCCAAACAUUCAGCUGGCAUCUACUUGCCACUGGACUGGGCCAACAGAAUUUGACGGUGCAAGCUGAAUCGAUUGCCUCCGAGACUCUGUGUGGGAAUGAGUUUGUGAUUGUCCCAGCUAAAGGAGCCUUGGAUGUCAUUCGGAAAUCCCUUUCUGAUCAAGGCAAGACCAUCACUGAGGAGAUCCAGCUUGAGCUUCCCCACGAUGUCAUCAAAGGAUCAAGCAGGGCCUAUGUCACUGUGCUGGGGGACAUACUGAGUUCUGCGAUGCAGAAUCUGGAUGGGUUACUGAGACUGCCCACAGGGUGUGGAGAACAGAACAUGGUGAAAUUUGCCCCAAACAUCUACAUACUGAGAUACCUGAAUAAAACAGAUCAGCUCACUCGGGAAAUUCGGGACAAAGCAAUUAGCUACCUACAGACAGGAUACCAGAACCAGCUGACAUACAAACAUCAUGAUGGAUCCUUCAGUGCAUUUGGAGACGAAGAUCAUGAGGGAAAUACCUGGUUGACAGCCUUUGUGAUGAAAUCAUUUGCAACUGCUCGUCAGUACAUCUUCAUUGAUAAUGACAUCCUAGAAGACACUGUCAGAUUCUUCCAGAGGCAUCAACUGGAAUCGGGCUGUUUCCAAAACCUUGGAUACUUGUUCAACAAUGCCCUCAAGGGUGGAGUCAAUGAUCACAUUUCUCUGUCAGCUUAUGUGACAUCAGCGUUAUUGGAAUCAACACUUUCAGAUUCUGAGAUGAGCCUGAUUACAAACAGGGCCCUGAGCUGCCUGCGGUCUACAUUAGAGACAGUGAACAGCACUUACACCCUCUCACUUCUCGCCUACACCUUCACGCUGGGCCAGGACCAGUUUGCGAGGACAAGAGCUCUCCAGCGGCUGGAAAAAUUGGCCAUCAAAACAGACAGAUUGACUCAUUGGCAGCAAGAGGAGACCCUGGAGAGAGAGGAAGAACACGGAUACUGGUGGAGAGCACCCUCUGCGGAGGUUGAAAUGACAGCCUAUGUGCUUCUGGCCCUCCUCUCUCAGCCCCAGAUCACACACUCUGAAUUGGACAAUGCCACAUCCAUUGUUCGCUGGCUGGUCAAGCAGAGGAAUCCGUAUGGAGGCUUCGCAUCAACCCAGGACACAGUGGUUGCUCUCCAGGCCCUGGCUCUAUACACUGAGCUGACCCAUGUAGGUGGUCAUCAGAGCUCAGUGAAUGUCACCUCGGAAACAACAUUCCACAGGGAAUUCCGUGUUGAUGAUUCCAACCAGCUCCUGCUCCAGAGAGAAGCCUUGACAGAGAUUCCCAGAAAAUACAAUGUGUUGAUCACAGGGAGCAGAUGUGUCCUCCUCGAGACUAUUCUCCGUUAUAACGAACCUGUCAAACCCAAAGAUUCUGUCUUCAAACUUUCGGUGGCAAUGUUGGAACAAAAUUCAUUGGACCCUCUGCUUCAGGGGGAGCAAACUUAUAGGAUUUUUCUCAAUGUCACUUACACUGGUGAUCGUCCUUCUUCGAACAUGGUGAUUGUUGAAGUGGAGCUCCUGUCUGGAUUUUCUGCUGAUAAAGAAUCUUAUAAAAAUAGCAUGGACAGUUUCAAAAUCAGAAAAGCUGAAUUGCAAGAUGGGUCCCUGUUUCUGUACCUCGAUCCGAUCGAAGUGAACCGUCUGCUACAAUUUUCCAUUGACACUAUCCAUCAGUUCAACGUGGAGAAUCUGCAGCCUGCCAUUGUGAAAGUUUACGAUUAUUACCACGGUGUUUCCACUUGGAAGAAAGAUUCGCAUCAAAUUGACUGGUCAAGGAAAUGGGACACUGACUGUGGUUGGUAUUGGAUUCAUUUUAAGUUUGGUACCAGAGGUUGGUACGAUCUUCGUUCGAGAAGGAUGUUCCGGAUACAGAAAAUCGUCAAACCAUUUCCUAAAAAGACUGUUACAGACGAGAUAGUGACGAUGAGGAGAAUCAGUUCCAGUCUGGAAUGGCAAUUGUCGAUAUUUCACUCCUCGGUCGUUUGGAACCUGAGCUGGUGCAACUUGAUAAGGUCCAUGAGGAGAAAGAAUGUGUCGUGUUUGCCACCAAACAAAUUGUGCCAAUGGGUUUCAUGCAGCCAGCAUCAGCCACUCCAUAUGAUUUCUAUAAUCCAAAAGCCUUAGAGCAUCCUGCGAUCCAAUGCAUGGGGUGCAAGAUCUGACAGGAUAAUGACCAGAAGGAACUGAUGAUUGAGAAUGAAGAAACCCAAUCACGAGGUAAGAGGCAACAGGUGGCUGUUUGGAACAAGGACAGAACCUGCCUGCGUGGGUACAAAGCCCUAAAGAGCUGUGAAUCACGGGGAUGUAUCUCGAGAGCACUGAAUUACGCAAGCAAGAUGAGUUCAAGAAACCAAUCAUCUGUACUAUAGGGCAACAGGUGACAUUUGCAAGUCCAGGUACAGGGCCUAUAUCUAAUCACCCAUUACAUUGAACAGUCUAAGUAUUCCUACAGCGUGGAAACAGGCCCUUUGGCCCAACAAGUCCACACCCACCCUCAAACAUCUCACCCAGAUCCAUCCCCCUAUCAUCCACCUAAUUGACACUACAGGCAAUUUAGCAUGGCCAAUCCAGUCGAGCCUGCAUAUUUUUGGAAUGCGGGAGGAAACCAGAGUACCAGAAGGAAACACACGCAGAUGCAGGGAGAAUGUGCAAACUCCACACAGUCGCCCGAGAAUCGAAUUGAACCCAGGUUCCUGGUGCUAUGAGGCAGCAGUGCUAACCACUGAGCCACCAUGCCACCUUGAUGAAGACACUUGCCAGCUGCUCCAACUCAACCACCUCCCAUCGGCACAGAAAUGAAACCAAACUGUUCCCACUGAACUAAAUUGCUUCAAAUGCUUGAAAUCAAAUAAUGGCAGAAUAGUUAUAGCACGAAAAGUGUUCAUUCUGUCAAUCAAGUUAGGGUUGGCUCUCUGUCCGGACAAAUCCCCCUCUUUCCCCAUUUUAUUCUACAUGUUAUAACUUUGCAAAUAUUAAUCUAAUUUUAUUUUGCAUGACUUGAUUUAACAUUCCUGAUCUUAACCACUCACUGUUUUGUUUCAAUUUACCAACAGCUUACUUUGCCAAAUAAAUUUAAUCAGGGUGUUAUUGUUCUUGAUCCUUCCAUCAAUGGGAAGACUUUCUCCCUUUUGACUCCGUCCAUCAUUCUCCUGAUGUCAAGUAUGUCUCGCAAAUAUUCCAUCAACAUUUCCUUCGCCAGCAUAAACAAAUUGAACUACUCCUGAAGCUCCUUGUCCCUGGAACUAUUCUUCACACAUACCUUGAAAUCCGUCUUGGACUGGAGCAGCAGAACUAGAUAAAAUAUCCAGUUGAGGAUGAAUCAGAGCUGUAUCCAUUGUUUGCAGAACUUGGUUUCAUGUGUUCUUCAAACUCUUAAUACAGAUUUUGCAUGCAUUAUUGACCCAUGUUCUCAAUCCACAUUGGCAUCUUUAACAAUUACACAGAUAUCAACAAGGUUCCUCUUUUUCUCUUCUCUAUUAGGUUUGUAAAGUUACAUCCCACAAAAAAAAUCUUCACACCUCCCUGCAUCAACUUUCAUUCAGCGUAUCUGUGCUCAUUCCUCCUGAAACACAGACUGUUGUAAUGUAGAAACAGGCAAUUUGUCCCCUCAUUGCUGCACCAUCUAUGCGAAUCAGCAUUUCACAUGGUGACAUUCUUGAGCCUCCACUCCAUGCUGUUGCAUUUUUUCAUUUAUCAAUUUAAAUUAUAAUCCCUAUUUGAAUUUUUCAGUUGAAACUUGCUGACAAUGCAGCCAGUUAUUUUUUGGAGAAAAGCAAGAUAUUUUUCAUCAGCUUGUUCAAAGAACUAAGAAAAUUACAGCAUUGGAACAGGCCAUUCGAUCCUCCAAGCCUCCACCGACCCAGAUCCUCUAUCUAAAACCAGCACGAAAAGACUUUGAAAAGAAGAGGAAAGAAAACUUUCAAGUCAAGCAAAGACCUAAGUUCAAUUGACCAAAGAAUGAAUUGAAGAACUUCUGUCAUCAACAAUAAGGUGAACUUUUCCACUCAGAACGAAAAGAAAGGCACAUCAUUCCACAUUUAGGUGUUGGAUUCCUAAUCAACUGAAGUCAUUGCUCUCACCUUUUCUUCAGCUAUGACAUUUCUGCAUGAUUUUCUGUCUUGUCUGUCUGGCUUGUGAGUAAAUGUGUGUACAUGUUCAGAUUCAAAGAGGAUGCGCUGCAAAUUUAUGUAUAAAUCAAUAAUCACUAUUUUGCCACUUGUUAAUUGAUAGAUUCAUUAUU